CUCAGAUUGCGGGCGCCUGGGCUUUAAAAGCGGGCGUCUCCUCCGCAUCAGCAUCUGGAGGACAGAACAGCCGUGCUGCUGAUUAAUCCUUUGCAAUGAUGUCACUACAGAAGCCUCCUUUAAGGCGCAGUGCGUCCACAGUGGAAUCGACCAAUCACAGCAGGCCACUGUUGACUCCACCCACAUCCCUUAAUUUACGCUCCUCCCACAAUCAGCAGCUGAGCUGCGACACUAUAAAGGAAGGUGUUGUCAAGGAAACGCAAGCCUCAAAGGGGCGUCAAAAAUAUGCACUGACGAAUAUUCAAAAUGCGAUGGGUUUGAGCCAAAACCCCGCCUCUCUCCCAAAGCCCGCCCCUACAAAAUCCGCCUCCUCUUCAUCGCUCUACUGCUCCUCUCUAUCAUAUUCCACAUCCAACCCCAAACUGGCUAAAAACGGCACAAAUCUACAGCUGAAGGAGGAGCAGCUGGAUCUCAAUAAGAAUGAGAACAAGAACCAGGUGAGCAGCUGGGACUGGCUGGAGGGAAAAGACAACCAGAAGAACUCCAGCAUCAGGAGGAGGACCAAGAGUUUUCUGGAGUACCACCGAGAGGAGCAGAGCUUUCUGGAGCACCACAGAGAGGAGCAGACAUCCAGCAGCCCGGAGAAGGACUCGCAGAAGCCCCUGCUGCCCAAGCUGGAGGCGCAGAGCUGGGGGAAGGAGAACCACGUGGAGGCACACCUGACGCUUCCCCAGAACCACCUGCUGCUGCUGGCCAGCGAAGAGGAGGAGAGUCCCGGAGAGACGCUGGACGUGUAUGAACACACACUGCGGCCAAAUAAUGAGUGUGUGAGCCGCGGCAGAGACCUGACAGGCCGAGCAGGAGCACAGGUGAGCCCGGCGUACACACUGAAGCUGGAGCCAGAACACACACCUGAGAAACGGGAGUCUCCAGAACACACACUUCGGUCUGAGAAACAGGAGUCGCAAGAACACACACCUCGGCCUGAGAAAAGGGAGUCUCCAGAACACACACCUCGGCCUGAGAAACAGGAGGAAGAGGAGGAGGAAGACUCCAGCUGGACCACACUGUCUCAGGAGAGCCCUUCUGUGGAAACACCGCAAGACACAGGUGUUUGGGAAGAGCCUCCUCAGGUGCAGAGUGUCUUACAGGACUGUUUCUGGCGAGUUCCAGCUGAUUCCACAUCUCAAGAUCCACCUGUCAUCCGUGAUUCUGUGCUGGAGGCGGAGCCAAGAGUGAAGGGGGUGUGCCUUCCUGUGCCCUGCACUAAAGCACAGACUGAGCGUCCCAGCAGUAUUGUGUCGGACAGUUCAGUGGAGCCCGUACCUUCAUCAGCAGCCUCUUCACCCUCCUCUUCCUCACUGUGUUACGAGGCCAUGGGACGUGCGGCCAGUUUCCUCAACAACAACUACCUGGACCUGAUGGAGAGCAGUGACUCUCAGGAGCGGGAGAAGCAGGACAGAGACAGACCGACAGCCCGGACCAGUUCAGGAGCUCCUGGUGGGCCAUACAGCUUCAUUAACCACAGAGCUAAAGUCCCAUCAGCCCCUGCAGACACUGUCAUCCCCAUCAAUGAUCUGGAGACGCAGGUGUUUUCUGUGCUUUAUCUGGGCUGGCUGGAGGUGCGAGAUGCGGAUAUGAUGAGCGGCAGGAGCAGCGCUGUGGUUAAUGACUGUAUACAGCAGCUCAGAGAGACAGAGCAGACAAGGAGGCAGAAGAUGCUGUUGGUGCUGCAGGACGUCACUCUCACCCUGAUGGACCAGGCUGACCACGCCCACCUGUACUCUCAGCCAAUCAGCUGCAUCUGUGUGUGGGGUGUGGGGCGGGGCCUCAGCAGGGAUUUCGCGUAUGUGGCCCGAGACAAAAACACGCGUGUGUUGAAAUGCCACGUGUUUCAGUGUGACAGUCCUGCAGAACGCCUCUCCAGCAGCCUGAAGCAGAUCUGCUCAAAGAUUAUGGCUGAGCGCAGGAGUGUGUGUCCCGCCGCCGGCCCGUCCACACACUUCAGCUCUGAUGUUCCGCUCAGAGUAGAGUUUCCUUCACCAAAGACUGACCGACAACACAGCUUCCAUGUGCUUUACCUGGGAAUGACGUCAGUGCUGCGGCCUAUAGGGAUGGACAUGAUCAACGGAGCCGUGGAGAAUCUGAUGUCCAGCGCAGGGAAAGAGGACUGGACGCCGGUGCUGCUGAACGUUGCAGACGCCACCAUCACCGUCAUCAAAGAAAAGGAAGAGGAAGAGGAAGUGAUGGUGGAGUGUCGCGUACGCUUCCUGUCCUUCAUGGGUGUGGGACGAGACGUUCAUACGUUCGCCUUCAUCAUGGACACCGGGAACCAGCACUUCCAGUGUCACGUCUUCUGGUGUGAACCCAAUGCCGGCAGCGUGUCGGAGGCCGUGCAGUCCGCCUGUGUGCUGCGCUAUCAGAAGUGUUUGGGGAAGAGCAGCUCUUCUUCUGCGGUUCCUGCAGAUUCUGUGACCCGCCGUGUGACCUCCAGUGUUAAACGUGGCGUCCAAUCAAUUAUAGACACUCUGAAAAAGAAGCCCGCCCCCGAGCUCCCCAACCAAUGACGGAGCAGCAGCGCUCUGACGGACAGCAGGUGUGUGUGUGUAUUUACUGCUGCAGCGAGGAGAGAAACACACACCGGCGGACACACAGAGAUGUACAGCAGAUAAAUGAGGGGCUGGAGAUAUAUGCGUGUGUGUGUGUGUGUGUGUUCAGCGUCUGAAGCGGUGACUGUGCCGAAUGAAGCAUGCCUCUGCCUUACACACACAAACACUAAACACACACUUCAUGACUGUCAUUUACUGCAAACUACACACACUCUCACUGACUCUUUGUCUAUCUGUUUAUCUCUCAAUUCAAUUCAGUUCAGUUCACUUCAAUUCAAUUCAAUUCAAUUCAAUUCAAAUAAGUUCACUUUA